AUGUCCAGUAUGAGCUUCUGGCACGUCCUGCCCUUCUUCUUUGCCAUUCAUGAGAUCAACCAGAAUCCAAAGCUGUUACCAAACAUCACCCUGGGCUACAGCAUCUAUGAGAACUUUUUCAGUGCAAGAAUAACUUGCGAUGUCAUGAUGGACUUGCUUUCUGCAGGGCAGGAGAAUGUCCCAAACUAUAGUUGUGGAAAACAAAAUAAUCUGUUGCCUCUACUCGAAGGGACUGAUUCUCAUCUCUUUAAUCAAAUUUCCACCAUGCUGGGCAUCUACAAAAUCCCACAGAUCAACUAUGGGGUCAUCAGCCACAUUCCAGAGCAGAAACAUCAUUUCCCUUUUUUCUACCGAGUGAGUCCAAAGCAAGAACCUCCUCACUUGACAAUUGUUAAGUUGCUCCUGCAUUUCCGAUGGACGUGGAUCGGCCUCACUGCUCCGGACAAUGAAAGCGGAGAAAAGUUCAGAAGAACCUUUGUGCCAGAAGCCAAAGUUUGGAACAGCUGCCUGGAAAAAGAGACCUGGGAAAUCCCACCCCAGGAUCUGGUUGAAAGAAUCCUGUCUGAGGAUGGCUCCAGUGUUUCCACAACAAUCCAGGUUGUGGCCAGGAUCCUCAGUGCUGCCUUUUCCUCCCAAAUGAGUAAGAGGAAGCUGCAUGUUGGGGAUGUUAAGACGUUCCAGAUUGUACAGCCGUGGCAGCUCCAUCCUUUUCUAAGAAACUUCAAGAUUUACAAUUUUUCUGUGGAUGAUGUUUAUUUGGAUGAGGCUGGAAUUCCUGUUGCUGACUUUGAUAUUAUGGACUGGGCAGUAUUUCCUAACAAGUCUUCUGCUGGAGUGAAAAUAGGGGAUGUUGAAAAAGAAAAAGUCUCUUCAGAUAUCAAGUUCUCUAUCGACGAGAGUGUCAUCAUAUGGCCAACAUCCUUUAACUCGAUGCAGUAUUCCAGAAGACCCCCUUUUCUAGAUGUACUAAAAAUUGCCUCCCAGGAUAUACCAAGCUCACAAGAGAAGGAGAACCAGUGUGCUGCUAUGACUGUUCUCCAUGUAUGGAAGGAACAAUCUCCACGCAGGAAGUGGAUGUUUUUGGAAACUGCUGAAACAGUAAAAAGUAAUAUUGACAAAGAUGGAGAAAUCUUGAGAGAUGACAGAAAUAGAGAGAAAAAUAGCAAUUUAUGUUUUCCAGAUGUGGCCCAAUGUGAAAAGUGUCCAGAUGAACAGCAUUCCAAUCAGAAGAGAGAUCAGUGUGUCCCCAAAGUUGAGACUUUCCUGUCCUACAAAGAAAUGUUAGGUCUCAUUCUGGCUAUCAUUGCCUUUUUUUUGUCUCUAACUACUGCCUUAGUUCUAGGAAUCUUCAUUAAAUAUCGAGAAACCCCCAUAGUCAAAGCUAACAACCGGGAUCUCACCUACAUUCUCCUGGUCUCUCUCCUGCUUUCCUUCUUGACCUCUCUUCUAUUCAUUGGUCGGCCCAAGAAAGUGACCUGCCUUUUUCAACAAAUCACCUUCAGCGUGGUUUUCUCAGUUGCUGUCUCUUCCUUGCUGGCCAAGACUAUCAUGGUGGUGGUGGCAUUUUUGGCCACAAAGCCAGGCAGCAGGAUGAGGAAAUGGUUGGGGAAAAGUCUGGCCAACUCCAUUGUCUUGUCCUGCUCUGGAGUUCAGGUGGGCAUCUGCCUUACCUGGCUGAGAAUCUCUCCCCCAUUUCCACAUUCUGACCUGCAUUCUCAACCAAGACAGAUCCUCCUGCAAUGUAAUGAAGGCUCAAUCACCAUGUUCUACACUGCCCUUGGUUACAUGGGCUUUCUGGCUGCCAUCUGCUUCUUGGUGGCUUUUCUGGCCCGCAAGCUUCCGGGGACUUUCAAUGAAGCCAAGUGGAUCACCUUCAGCAUGCUGGUUUUCUGCAGUGUUUGGGUCUCCUUUAUCCCCACCUACCUGAGCACUAAAGGGAAAUACAUGGUGGCUGUGCAAAUCUUCUCUAUCCUGGCUUCCAGCCUUGGUUUACUAGGCUGUAUUUUUGUCCCCAAAUGUUACAUCAUUAUUCUUAGACCUGUCAUGAACACUAAGGAGAAUCUAAUGAUGAAAAAUAAUGAGAGUUCUUGA